CAGCAUGAGAGCGAAGCUACUGGUUUUUCCGUUGGUCUUGGUUGUGGCUGUAGCCGCUACCGCGGAAAGACAACUCGACUGGUGGGAGACUACCAUAUUCUACCAGAUCUACCCAAGGUCCUUCAAAGAUAGUGAUGGAGACGGAAUUGGAGAUCUAAAUGGUAUCACAGAAAACCUAGAACAUUUGAAAGAGUUGGGGAUUGGAGCGACCUGGUUGUCACCAAUAUUCAAAUCACCGAUGUAUGAUUUCGGAUACGACAUCGCCGAUUUCUAUGCUAUUCAAGAUGAAUAUGGAACUAUGGAAGACUUUGAUAGGCUUAUUGCUAAAGCUAAUGAAUUAGAUAUCAAAAUUGUUCUCGACUUUGUGCCAAAUCACACUAGCAAUGAAAGCGUGUGGUUUGAAGAAGCAUUACGUGGUCAUGAGAAAUAUUAUGAUUACUUUAUUUGGGAAGACGGUACUGUAGAUGAAAAUGGUGUUAUGCACCCACCUAAUAACUGGGUCAGUGUUUUUAGAAAGAGCGCAUGGGAAUACAGGGAGGAAGUAGGCAAAUAUUACCUCCAUCAAUUCGUCAUCGGACAACCCGAUCUGAAUUUCCGUAACCCUGACGUUGUCGAAGAAAUGAAAAAUGUCAUUAGAUUUUGGCUUGGCAAAGGCGUUGCAGGAUUCAGAGUAGACGCUAUCUCCCAUCUUUUUGAAGUUGAUAAAGAGUUGUACGGGGGAAGAUUCCCUGAUGAACCUCUGUCUGGAGGUUUAAAUGGAGAUCCUGAUAAUUAUGAUUAUUUAAAUCAUAUCUACACUAAAGACCAGGAUGAAACUUUUGAUAUGGUGUAUCAAUGGAGGGAUGUUUUCGAUGAAUUUGCCGCGGAGGAUGGACUAACAAGGGUUAUGAUGACUGAGGCCUACUCGAGCCCUCAACUCACUAUGAGAUACUUCGGUGAGGGAGACCGCGAAGGUGCACAGAUGCCUUUCAACUUCGUCCUCAUUUCUGAUGUGGGAGGAUCAUCAACAGCUUACGAAAUUAAAUAUGCUUUGGACAAGUUCCUUACCUUUAAGCCAGUGGACAAAUUAGCUAACUGGGUUGCUGGAAAUCAUGACAACAAUAGAGUAGCAUCCAGAUUCAGCCCAGAACUUGUUGAUGGAAUUAACAUGAUCGUACUUCUGAUGCCGGGUAUUGCUGUCACUUACAUGGGAGAGGAAAUAGGCAUGGUCGACGGAUAUGUAAGCUGGGAAGAUACGGUGGAUCCCAGCGGAUGCAAUACUGACGACCCAAUCAAUUACUGGACCGUUUCAAGGGACCCCGAGCGCACGCCAUUCCAAUGGAAUGCAGACAAAAAUGCCGGUUUUUCAUCUGGACACAAGACUUGGCUUCCAGUGGCCGCAGGUUACGAAACGUUGAAUGUCGAAGUACAAAAAGCUGUUGAAAGGUCUCACUUGAAGGUUUACCAGCAACUUGCUGCUCUGCGCAACCAGUCCGCCUUCAGACAUGGCAGAUACGAAUCCGUGGCAUUCAACUCAGACGUCUUCGCUUUUAGAAGAUGGCACAAAGAAGCAAACUACAUUGUAGUCGUGAACUUCAGGAAUCAACCUUAUACAAUCGAUCUGAGUUACUUCGAGAAUGUGGAAGGACACCUCGAGGUUGUCGUUAGCAGCAUUCAGUCUCCUAAAAAGGCUGGAGAUGUGCUUGAAGCAAACCGGGCGGAGAUACUUGGCAGCGAGGCUUUAGUGCUCAAAGUGUAGUAAUGCAUAAUCUAAAAUAAAAUAAUUUACCACAA